AUGUUCAAAGUGUGGAAUCCGCGCCACUGGUCGUCACGCCUGGCCUUGCGCUAUGUUGCCAUCAUCUUCAUAGUGCUCUUUCUCAUGGCCAAUGUUGCCCUGUGGUACGAUAGCAGGUUCUGGGACGGCCAGGCGCCGCGUAAGACCAUUCUCAGAACCGGGGUCAAACAUCCCAUACGGAAACUCAUGGUCGAUGCCAAAGCCCGUCACGAUGCCCUGCUCGCCAAACGGACAUACACUGUAGAGGCUGCCGCUGUCGAAUAUCGCAAACGUCGACAACGACACCCGCCUCCUGGCUUUGACGAUUGGUUCCACGCCGCCAUGGACACCAAGGCCGUUGUCGUCGAGGAGUACUUUGACAGGAUAUACAAAGACUUGACGCCCUUUUGGGCCCUCGAACCAGAGCAAAUCAGGAAGCGAGCCAAUGCCUGGCACCAUGUUGUGAAAGUGCGCAAUGGCACAGCUCGUGGCGAUGGCGAUGUUACAGAUCGUGUGCCGUGGUUGAAGCUUUGGACGGAUCUCGUCGCCGAGUUUGCUGAGUACAUGCCCGACGUUGACAUGCCCAUUAAUUACAUGGACGAACCGAGACUUCUGGUACCUCACGACACUAUCGCGAAGCUGGUGGAAAAGGAAGGCAAAGAAAGGCAAAUGGUUGAGCAAAGCAAGGUCACCAACAAGUUCAAGGGACUGGCUGCUGUCGAUGCCGCCAAGCCUGAUCCGUACGACCCCAAAUGGUAUGGUCCCAGUGAGCAGUAUUGGAACCUGUUUGUCAAGACUUGCGGCCCUGAUACCCCAGCCUUUGGUGUUCAGCAACUCGAAGACUUGUCUGGACCAGCCGAAUAUCCCCAAAACUACAGGCCUAAAUACGCCUACAAGGGAUAUAUUCAAAACUUUACAGCCUCAACCGAUCCCUGCCUGCAACCCCAUUUGCGACAGCUACACGGCAGCUUUAUCGAACCCAUCAGCCUGUCCUCUGCAGAGGAACUCAUCCCCCUAUUUGGUGGCUCCAAGCUCCCUAUGAACAACGAGAUUCUUAUCCCCGGCGCCAUGUACCUCGACCAAGGCGACUUUUACUCUGGUGGCGAAUCGCACGGCCCUUCGUGGGAUCGAAAAAAGGACGGCGUCAUAUGGCGCGGUGAGGGCUCUGGCGGUCGUGCCAAAGAACACAACUGGCAACACUUUCAGCGCCAGCGUCUAGUCCACCUGCUCAACGGCACAGUCGUCUCCGAAGUCGAAAAGACUGGUGCUCGAGCCAAGACGUUUGAACUUCCCUCGCAAAGCAUAUAUCCCAGUCCUCGCCUUCACAACGGCAACCUCGGCCCAUUCGCUAAAGAGAUUGCCGAUACAGCCUUUGUGGGACUCUGCAACCCCAAGGACUGCCCCUUCUACUACGACACCUUUUCCGUCCUGGAGCAUUUACCAAUGAAGAGCCAAUACGAGUACAAGUUCCUCCCUGACGUUGACGGAAACUCCUUUUCUGCACGAUUUCGUGGCUUCCUCCGUUCGACUAGCUUGCCACUCAAGACGACCAUCUACGCAGAAUGGCACGACGAUCGUCUCGCCCCGUGGGUACAUUUCGUCCCGUUCGACAACACAUACCGGGAUUUGUACCCCCUUCUCGACUACUUCUCCGACAAUGGCGGCCAGGGAGACACUGCCGCCCGGUUCAUCGCCGAGCAGGGUCAAUCAUGGUCGGAACAGGUCCUCCGGAGAGACGAUAUGCGCCUGUACGUGUGGAGAUUACUACUAGAAUGGGCGAGGGUGUGUGACGAGAAUAGACACACGCUUGGUUAUGUGGGCGAUUUGAAGCAGACUCGUAAAUGGAGGUAUGCUCGCCGCUCAUAG